UUGUUAUUUUCCCCCUGAACCCUCAUACUGCCUUGUCAUAUCAGGAACUUUGACGUCCUAUAAUACUUAGUGAUUGCAUUUAUUUCACUACAGAACACAUCAAUGUAAACCCUCAAAUUGACCGGCACUUAGAAGGGUUUUUAACGAGUCAUAUAUGUCCCUAAAAUUGACAUCUUACCCAUGACCUCGCUCUGACAGAUAAAGCGAGGCCCCAGUGGCACAAUAACAUAACAAAGACUUCUAACAAAAAAUGACCGUUUUUAUUUUGAAGGAAAAAUACUGCCAAGAAAUCCCUGGGCCACUUCAUAAUUCUUAUCAGUGGACUCGCAGUUUAAAAAAGUUGAAAGUCACCAAUAGGAGGUACCUGUACAGUCCAUGGAAUGCCAUAGGCUUGACAAUGUUUUAGAGUGUCGUCUGGCCUAUAUAAAGGCCUUCGUUUGUUUGUGGUCUUCACAUUUCUCAUUGUACCUUGCAAAAUGGCAACAACGUGGCUGCUCCAGGCUAUAUUCAUAACGGUUUUGAGCAAUGAAAUUCUACAGACAAGACAAGCAGCGACAAACAGCAUGUUCCUCUUGGCCAACACCACCUCUGGUACACUGAGGGGAAGGGUUGACUCUGGACCUUCAGUCCCUGUGGCAAUGUUCGCUGGCAUUCCCUAUGCUAAAGCUCCGACAGGAGCACUCCGCUUUAAAGCACCUGCUUCUCCGGACAAAUGGACUGGUGUCAGAGACGCCCUGGUGUUUGGGGACGAGUGUCUGCAGCGAGUGGCCGCAAAUGAUGCAUUCAGAGAUCCAAACGCUCCUCACAGCGAGGACUGUCUCUACCUUAACGUGUACACGCCGACUAAGAGAACCAGCAACGCUCCAUUGCCCGUCAUGGUGUUUAUCCACGGAGGAGGGUACAAUUCUGGGUCAGGCUCAUCCUAUGAUGCUACCUACGUCGCAGCUAAAGGAGUAGUCUUUGUAACCAUUAAUUACAGGCUUGAUGUUUUCGGAUUCCUAUCCACAGAAGAUGACAUUAUGCCUGGAAACUAUGGGAUGUUGGAUCAGGUCGCCGCUCUGAAGUGGGUCAAAAAUAACAUUGCUUCUUUUGGAGGUGACCCAAAUCUUGUCACUAUUGUUGGACAAAGUGCUGGGUCAGCUUGUGUCUCUCUCCUCACUCUGUCACCGCUAGCCAAAGGUCUGUUCCAGAGAGCGAUCAUGGAAAGUGGUUCCUCUCUUUCUCCUUGGGCAGUCGAAUAUCCAGGAAAUCGAAUGACUCCUCGCAUUGCUGCCCGAUUGAUAAGCACGGGCGUUAACUGCAACGAUUUGAAAAAUUCAACAGCACUUUUGUCCUGCUUGCAAAACGUAGAUGCAAAUACCUUGCUCAAGAAAUCUCUAGGAAUCACGGCAGCCGCACAAGCAACCCUCAUCAAUGUUCCUAGAGUAGAAACAACGUUUGGUUUUCUGCCAGAAACGCCAAAUGCCUUACUCACUCGAGGACAAUUCAGCCACGUAGAUACUUUAAGGGGGUAUAAUAGUGAUGAAUUCGGAGCUUUCAUUCCGGCUUUAGCUGGCCCACAACCAAUCACAAGGGAGAUGGCAAAACAGAUUUGGAGAGGUCAGCUGGUUCAGUUUACUAAUAUCGACCGGGAAAAGAUACUUAAGGAUAUGGAAGGAGUAUUUCUCAGAGGUAAGACAACCCCUGACGCCAUACAAAGAGGUACUCUUGACGGUGUAGAUUACUUUAUAUUUGGGGCCCCCAUGGUAUCUGAAUUGAUAAAAGUUGUAAGCAAAGCUCCAGAAAAGAAACAUUACUUGUACCAGUUCAACUACAGACCAAGCUUCAGCAAAUCCCCACAGUGGAUGUCAGCUACGCAUGGACAAGAGAUGAUAUUCCUGUUUGACGCAAAACAGGACAAGUAUACCGGUUCAGCAAAUGGAGUACCUAAUGUUAACGAUCUUCUAGUAUCUCAACAAAUAAUGGAAAGGUGGACCAACUUUGCAAAGACAGGGAACCCAACGUCAACUGUUCCUAACGCCCAAGCAACGUGGAACCAAUAUGCCAUAGGAACACCGAACUAUCUCCAACUCAAUUCUGCGUCUCAGGCGAAACGGUUGGGGUCCCCAUGGGUAGUUACUGAUUUUUACCACAAAGUUCUGGGUAGCCUUCAGAAACACAGCUCAACCCCUACUUCCCCCAUUAUUGGGUAGAAAUUUUCAGAUGUUCAAUAUGAAAUAAAUUGUACCUUUGUAAUUAUA